AUGGAGCAGAAACUGAAACAAUUUGCUGCUAUCUUGGAUGCGGAUGAGGUGAUGCUGUUUGAAAGAGCAACAUUUCUUGUUAUCGCCCACGCGGAAAUGGCAGAACAUCGUGAUAUGCAUCGAUUCGAGAAGGUUUCGAAUAUCAUAAAACAUAAAAUGGGCUCUCAGUUUGAAUAUAUGCAUGUGCGAAACAGCCAUUUUGCUGCAUUCAUUGAUGCUUUUACUCCGAACACUUUCAUCAUGGUUGUACUGGCAGAUGGUAAUGUUUCGCCGGCUGCCACACUUAUGAAUAUUCGAUCUGCGAAGAACAUUUUGAAGCGCUGGAAUCGAAACAAUGACCGAUCUGUGUGA